UGUGACAUGGCCAACCAUCAACAGUUUCAGUCAUGCUAUCAGAACUGGAUGGCUCAACAAAGGCUCGACCUCAACGAACUACUCCAAGCACUCACUAACUUCCCUACCGAUCCCGACUACCUUCAACUCAUAGUCAAAAAACACAUCAAUCACUAUGAAUAUUACCUCACUGCUCGAGCCCAACUGGCCAAACAUGAUGGGCCUUCUUUCUUGGCUCCAACAUGGGGAACCACCUUUGAGAACUCAUCUCUUUGGAUCGGUGGUUGUAGGCCUUCCUUAAUCAUCCGACUCGUUUAUGUCUUAUGCGGGUACCAACAAAACACGCACUUGGCUGAGUUUCUUCAUGGUGUCACACGUGGAAACCUGGGAGAUAUAUCAAGUUCUCAGCUUAUAAGCAUAGAUGCUCUCCAUGCCAAAACUAUCAAAGAGGAAGAUAAGCUCACUUCGACUUUCGCAAGCUUACAGGAGAGGGUAGCCGACGAGCCACUGGCGUUGCUAGCAUACAACUCUAGACAAAUAGGGGAGUCAAGCCAGGGUGAGGUUGUGGAUAAAGCGAUGGAUAGUCAUGCCUCUGAUAUGUACAAGAUCUUAGUGGAAGCAGACAAGCUGAGGUUGGAUAUACUCAAGCACAUGAUAGACAUUUUGACACCAUUGCAGGCAGUUGAGUUUCUAGUGGCGUCAAGAAAGUUACAACUGUGUUUACAUGAGUGGAGCAAAAGAAGAGACAUCCAAAUGGGGAUUACACAACUUUUUAAUACAGAUAAUCCCUCAUCUUCCGGUGCCUCCCUGUGAGUGGCUCCGGGAUUGGUCCAACAACUUAUGCCCAAGAGUGUAGUUUAAAUAAGUGGUGUGUAUAAAUGUUUGUUUUUGUUUAAGAACCGGUUUAUUAUAGUGAGUUUGUAAUCUAGGGGAAAAUAAGAGAGAAAAACCGAGGUGGUGAUCUUUGAGUAAAGGCCACAUGAUCCUUUUCGCAAA